AUGCUGCCUGUCAAAAGCCCGCUAUUCCAAACUGUGUCCAAAAGAACUUUCAGCAAAAUCGGACCACAACUGAACCUUUCGUUCAAGAUCAAACUAACUCCUAAUGAGAAAUCUCAAAUUAAUCUAAAAGCCAGCAGUCCAAGCGCGAGUGGCUCAUCGCAAAUCAAGAAAGUUGACUCCAGGUUGGUCAAAAAGUUUCAAAGCGGAACAACCUACGAUCCAUUCGAUUUUUCGCUCGCCAGACUGCACCUAGACAAGAAGUUUGCUUCGAAAAACUCGUCAAACGACCUCUUUGACAAGAACGGCGUCGAUCCACUGGACCUAUACACAAAUCCCGAGUUUUUGUCACAGUUCGUCACCUCGUCUGGUAAAAUCCUGCACAGAGACGUCACUGGGCUCUCUGCGAAAAAUCAACGUCGUUUGAGUAAAGCCAUUAGAAGGUGCCAAGCCAUUGGGCUCAUGUCUAAAACGCACAGAGACGUUUCGUACUUGCCAUCCAGAAUCAUGGGUAAAAUAUAA